GCGCAGAGGCGAGAGUCAUCUGUUCAGUGUUUACCGGAGAGGUGUGGUGAAGGGGGACGGACGCCAGAUGCUGUGAGCCAUGGAGGACAUCUUCCACUGGUGUCGUGAGGGCAACACGGUGCAGGUGCGGCUGUGGCUGGAUGACACCGAACACGACCUCAACCAGGGGGACGACCAUGGGUUCUCGCUGCUGCACUGGGCAGCCAAGGAGGGCCACCUUUCCAUUGUUGACAUGCUGGUGAGCCGCGGCGCGCGCAUCAACCCAACCAACCUUGGGGACGACAUACCCCUUCACCUGGCUGUGGCCCACGGACACAGGGAUGUUGUCACUAUUCUGCUGCGACACAAAGCAGAUGUGAACUUCAUUAAUGAGCACGGCAACACGCCCUUGCACUAUGCCUGUUUCUGGGGCUACGCACAGAUCGCCGAGGACUUGGUGCAUUACGGGGCCUCCGUCUCUAUCGCCAACAAGUAUGGGGACGUCCCCCUCGACAAGUGCCGGGGUGCCAUGGCCAAGAAGCUCCACAAUAUGGCUGUGGACAGUGGACAGAACCUCGAGAAAGUCGCUUUCAAGGACCAGAGUUGGCUGGGCCUCAAGACCCGAAGCCGAGAUGCCACGCUGUCUCGCCACAAGGGCAUCAACAUCAAUGAGCUGGCCCUGCACACCAAGAUGGCCGUAAGUCCCUCUGGGGAGCUGUGGCGUGGCAAGUGGCAGGGCAAUGAGAUCGUGGCCAAGAUCCUUGCCCUCAGGGAGUGCUCCAGCCGCAUCUGUCGCGACUUCAAUGAGGAGUUCCCAAGACUAAGGAUAUUCUCCCACCCUAACGUGCUGCCGGUGGUGGGGUGCUGCAACAGCCCCCCGAACCUGGUGGUAAUCACACAGUACCUCCCACACGGCUCCCUCUUCAACAUGCUGCACCAGGAGAGCAACAUUGUCGUUGAAACUGCCCAGGUGCUCAAGUUUGCCCUGGACAUUGCCAAGGGAAUGGCCUUCAUCCAUUCCCUUGAGAGGCUAGUGCCCAACUUGUACCUCUCUUCCAAGCAUGUCAUGAUUGAUGAUGACCUCACGGCCCGUGUCAGCAUGGCAGACGCUAAGUUCUCAUUCCAGGAGAGAGGGAAGAUAUAUUCACCCCAGUGGUUCUCACCUGAAGCCCUCCAGAAGAAACCCAAGGACCUGAAUGUCAAGGCAUCAGACAUGUGGAGUUUUGCAGUGACCCUGUGGGAGAUGGCGACGAGGGAGGUGCCAUUUGCUGACCUCCCCCCCAUGGAGGCCGGCCUGAAGAUAGCAUUAGAGAGCCUGAGGGUGAAUGUGCCACCUGGUCUCUCGCCCCACAUCUCCAAGCUCAUCAAGAUCUGCAUGAACGAGGACCCAGGGAAGCGGCCGUCCUUUGAUAUGAUCAUCCCCAUCCUAGAGAAGAUGUGCUCCCAGUAGUGACCUCCUGCUCCGCGUCCUUCCAUCGUAAGACUGUGGGGAUCCUCUACAUGUAAUCUUGUCCUUAUUGCCCAUACAUGUGAAGGACUUUGUGUACAUUCAGUUUUAUAUGCUUUUACGAAGGCCCUGAGUACACACAUAUCUAAAACGGUGUGUAAUAAAUAGGUUCAUGUAAUAAUGAUAAUAACAACCACAUUACUUGUUCACCAAAUCAAGGCUUAUCCUGUACUCAUAAAGAAAGGUUCAUUCAAUACACCUUUAUUAUGUACACAUACAGUAUCUAUAAUCCACUGAGUAUAUUAAAUAGAGGGUCCAUGAAUAUAAUCAAGGUUCAUAUUAACAUCACCUCCCAUACGUAUAAAGAAAUGAUAGGCAGAUCUAUAACUACGAAUGAUUAGAAUUGAGAGCUUCUGUCUGCUAAAGAGAGCUUUGGAUACAUAGCAUUUUAUACAUGAAAAGCUGUUUACCUUCCCUCACUGUGUAUAAAACUACAAAUGAAUGAGUGGACUUGCUGAAUUCAAUGUGAACCUUUACCUAAGUACUGCAUAAUGAUCCUCACUCUGGUUCCCACGGUAGAUGAAUCUGAUAGAUACAAAUAUGACAGAAAUAAACAAAAUAAAGAAAAAAGAAAUAUAACAUAAAUAAACAAAUGAAUAUAUACAACAGAAUAAAUGGAUGAACAAAAAUAGAAAUUCAAAGGAAAAAAGUAAAUACAGCAGCACACUUGGAUUAUGAUACUGCCCGAGAAUAUUCUUGAUACUUGAAGAAGGAAGAAAAAUACAAAAAAAAUAAUAAUAAUAAAAACAUGAAGACUCUUAGAUAUUGAAAGAAAAUAUCAUUGAAUCCCUGAGACAUGUUUCUUGCCAAGUCCACCUCUAAAGACAAGAAUAUUUUUAGUUAGGCUUUAUGUAGAAGGAAGGUUAUGUCCACCUCUCAUUCAGCGGAGACGAAUCCCACUCACCAGUCAAGGCAAUAGAAACCCUUGCCACUGUAUCUCCCGGACAUUUAUCAGCAUGUUCAGGAGUGAGGAAGGGAGCGUAUGCGUGUGUGGGCUCAUGCAUACGCCUCUCUUUAUAAUUGUUGAAUCUAUGACCCACAUUAAUGCACACUCCUAACCAGUAACUUGUCCAUAUUUAUGUUUAUAUAUCUCUCCCACCCAUUAAUUAUUCACCAUUUGUGUUUCCAUGUUUUUUAACCAGUAAUUUAUCCACCUCUGUGUAUGUAUCUGUUUCAUGUAAUAAUUUGUUUGUUGUCUUGUUUUUGUGAAAUUGUAGACUGACAACAUUUUUUUCCUCCGUUUCAUGAUUUAAGGUUCAGAUCCUACCUCAUGUAUUCAAUUCCAUUAUUUUUGUGUCAAAUUUUUAUUGUUCACUUCGACUUUUUUCCCAAUUUAUAAUUUUUAUAAAUUAUCUUUUAUUUAUAUUUCUCAGCAUUCAUUUUCAGUGCAAUCAAUUUUUGGUGGCACAGUGUGAUUGUUGGCAUGAGAAAUUUUACCAUGAGCAGGAAAACUUAUGGAGGAAACAAAUGUACACUAUAUAACAUGGUAAUGCGAGAUUGCAAAACCUCUUGACAGCAAUACAUUUCCUCUGUUAAUAUAGUAAGGCUUUUGCAAACAUUUCCUAAUUCUAUGUUCUUCAAAGUGCAUUAUUGUACAAGUCAAUGUAUAGGUAAUGUAGCUAGUUCAAGGAAGAGAAAUUUACAUAUAGCAUAUAUAUAUUUUCUUGUCACUAUAAUUUAAUAUCAGUAAUAAGGUAUUUCCAUGAUUUUGGUAGAAAGAAGAAAUAUGUAAUUUUCAUAUUAUGAAUUAUGGUAAACACAUAUAUAUUUUCUUCUAUUUUUAAGUCUAAUCAUGUUUUUAUAGAUGAAUGAACAGUAUCCUAGGCAGUAGUACAUAUGAUCACUUUAAUAAUAACAUGCUCUCUCCAGUUAAGUAGUGUUAGCCAUCCAUCUUGGAUUUGUGUUUACAAAACACACACACAGGACUAACAGAUAGGUUCUCCACUAUGAGAUAAGAGUAAUGUCCUUGUUUUGAGCCAGUUGCCCUACUCGUGCUGUUGUAUUGUGGACCCACGUUGUCGUAGUGGUGCAGUGUCUAGCAGUCCAGUGAGGCCUUGCUCUUCUCUCUUAGGUGCAUUUUAAGACUAAAAACACUUCUGUACUCGACUCCAUUACUGCAGUAUCCCACCCACUACCAGUAAGAUAUGAAGGAUGGCAAGCCACUCAGGAGUUCUUGAAGCACUGUGGGACUCAAUGACAUAGAGUUGUAUAAAGUAUGGACUCCUCUACUAACACCAACCUGUGUUGGAGGUGACUAACCAUUCAGAAGUUCUUUAAACACCAAAUAACUCUUUGGCAAGUGGAGUUGUGCAUUGUUUAUGAAUUCAUAAACAAUCCUCAGACCUCUUCUGCCAACAAGAUUUAUAGAUGACUAAUUGUACAGAAGUUCUUUCAGCACUGAAUAAUGCUGCAGCAAAUGGAGUUGUUGUGUAAUGUUUGUGAUCUUCACUGCAUACACUUCCUUGUCACAUUUUCAGUGUCCCUUUGUAUAGCAUGAUCUCGCUGUCAAGUGCAGUCCUUAUACAUACAGCCAUCAGCCAGACCCAGUAGUGUUAAGACUCUGCUUCCAUAUGUCUGCUGAAUAGUUGCCAAAGUCUAUCUGGUAUAAUCUCAUUCUAAUGGAUCUCAGUAUGCAGAAGCUUGACUUAGAAUCAGUGAUAACUAACGCUGAUUUUUAUUAAUUAAGCUGAAGUAUUGGAAUAUACCUCGCCCUGCCUGGUGUUAGAAGCAGGGUAGUGGUCAUAAUGAGAAAAAAAAUAUUAUUGAUAAGAAGUUUUAAUGUUGGCCUUCUGCCUAACUUGGCCCACUAGAAUGAGUUUUAUUCUAAUAUUUCAAUCCAGUUCUUUGCUGCUCUGUGUAUAAUGUGUGUAUGUUUGUGUGUGUGUGUGUGUGUGUGUGUGUGUGUGUGUGUGUGUGUGUGUGUAAGAGAGAGAGAGAUAAUAUGAGCAUACAUGUGUGAGAAAGAGAUUCAUAUUUAUCUUAAUCACUAAUAAUGCCAUCACUAGACAGGAUAUGGGAUGGGGAACAGAAGCCAAAGUUUUGCCCAGUCUUGUUAAACUUGCAUCCUUGCUUAAAAUUCAUAUCUUCUGAGAUGACGGAAUGGAAAGAGAAAAGGACACAUGCAGCAUGCCAGGCACACAUAAAGAAUAGUACCUCGUAACAUGUAGAAGUGUUCUACUUUACUGAUAGUAUUAUAUUCGGCAUCAUAAAGUCCUCUAUUAAAAAAAUGAUUUAGGGUUUACAUACUAAGAAAGUCUUACAAUAUAGAACAUGCAGUAAAACAUUGUCUUAGUUUACAAAUUGUCAAAAUCUAAAUACACAGUAUUAAAAAUUUAAUUUGAUCUAUUAAUUUUUGUUCGAUUGAUGAUAGAACCCUUAACAUUGGCAUUCCUUUAUUAUUAGAAUUGUUUAUUGAAAACAAGUUUUCACUUUGAUGUGCAACUGGCAUGCUGAUGUGCCCCAUCCUCGGCAGUCCCAUGUUGGGGUCUAGGGAGGGUGGCAGUGUAGCAUAGCCUCCUUGAGUUUGGUCUUGUCUUAGUCGCCUUACGUUACUUUAAUGAAAAAUGAGAACAUCACACGUUAUCUAUGCAACUUGUAAUAUAAUAGUACUUCUCGACUUUUAUUUCAAUACCAUAGUCAUAUGUAAUGUACUGCUGCUUCCAUAGAUGAUGCAGUGACAGACGGCUGCAACCGGGAUGCCAUAUUAGAAUAUAAAACACAAAAGAGGUGGAUUCACCUUGAUGCAUUUCAACCAGUAUUCUAAUUUAAGCCUCUUUUCUGCGCAUCUAUGGAAAACAUUGCUUUAGGUUUAGUCGACUGCAUUUAGAGCAACCUCCCACAUAACCAAGUCAAAGUCACAUUGCACAUAGCAUGGCAGUAUAUACUAGGUCUUAGUGUGGAGCAUGCACCUAUACACUAAUGCUGUGUUUCACCCGUACCUAUUCUUUAUCUAUCCAACUGGAUGCCUUAUUGCAUUUGCAGUGAUUUGCUUACUUUCAUUGCAAGUGAUGAAUUGUGGUGCUAUUUUUACAUGAUAAUUCAGGAAAGAUUAAAGGAAUGUAUGACAUACUAUACCUUACCAUUAACCCCAAGAAUGUGACAUAACAGUGUUUACUGAUUAAAAAUAUAGCUAAACAUGCUUCAAGACAACCUCACAAUAUAUUCAAGUUGUCCUUGAGGAUAAAGCAACACAGCAAAUGCCCUUGUUGUGAUGGAAGUCACCUGUGUUGUACUCUUGUUAUUCAUAGCAAUUUAACUAUGCAUGAUUCUCACAUGCAGGAAUGACAAGGGUGAAUGUUCAUCAGAGAAAUUAUGCACAAGGUUCGUGGUAUAUUAAUAUGAGCAGUAGCCAUUUCAGACUUCCCUGAAGUAAUUGAUUACUGAUACAUGUCUGAGUGACCAUCAGGGUGCCCCUGGUGUCCCCCUUACAUAUACUGAUGUGGCAGUGCAAUGUUCAAUCUGUACUUCAUUGUUUCUAAAGGAAGGAAAUCCAUGAUUAAUAUAUGCCUGAUAUUUGUAAGCAACAGAUAACCCACCAGCUGAGCCACCACUUCAUAAGAGGUGAUGCGACCAAUCAAAUAAUGUGAUCAACUCUGUAUUGUGGCAUUCACCUACUACUUGAAAGAAUGUUGUUUUAGUGGCUUCCAUAGCAAGACAGAUUCUUUUAUUUAAUGGCUGAAUAUUCCUGAAAUCUAUGUAUUUACUGAUGUGGUAGGAAGCCAUGGAUUUGGGUGAGCAGAGUUGAGGAAUUUUAUCAUCUUGCAUUACAUUUUUUAUUAAAUUGUUUCUUCCUUGAACUUUUCAGCUUCAUAUAGAAUGCCACAUAACUAGAGCAUGUCUUAAAGUGUACAGAAUUUUUAGCUCCAUUGUUCUUUUCCCAACUCUGUCUGGUAGAAUGAUAACUAGGUUUUUCAUCAAACUUUUUCAAACUCUGAAGCUUUUAAGCCCUUAGAAAUUUGUAAGUCAUGGUCUUGUGUUCCAAACCUUUUAGCUCCCAAACGUUUAGAAGUACUUGCUGCACAAUAUUCUUGUAAAUUAAAUCUAAAACUAAUUUUUACUGAAAAGCACACCUAGGAACAGACCUCACAGUACGGUAGAGCCCACAGUGUAGACACCGUAGUGACAAGGGAGCUUAUAAUGUGUACAUAGAUUAACUUUUGCUAAUUAUACUAAUGCAGCAGAAUGUUGUAAUGUGGUCCCUGCUUUUGUGAUUGUCCGGAAUGUGAUCAAGGUUGUGCUCAAUGGAACCAAUGUCACUCAUUGUAACGACAGUGACUCACCCAAUCAGGUCUGUUUGCAAGUGUGCCAUUGUCAGCUACACAUAAAUAGAAGCAAAUGGGGCUCCAGUGUAUGAUGUCUUUUUCUAUUAGGGUAUGUUUGCCUAUUUUUACUCAUCAAUCCAAUCAGUACAGACUCAAGGGAAAAACUACCCUGAAAAAUUUGGCUGAGGCAAAAAAACAAAGUUGUCAAAAUUAAGAAUGUCAUCCAUUUUACUCUGACUAAUUAUUUUACCUCAGCUCAGUUUCAAGUGUUAGAUUUCCUGAUGUGAAUACAAAUUGGAAUUGUGCUCAGAAAUGGGUGAACAUUCCCUCAAACAUCUCAGUCUUUGUAAUAACGCAAAAGUAUCUCUUCCAUGCCGCCGCCUCACUUGGCCCAUUGAUUCUCGAGUGGUGGGAAAUACAGUCCGCCCUCAUACUUGCGGUGGCUUGCGGCCGUGCCUUAAGUCUCUCGUCUCCUAGUUUAGGGUCCAUCUGUCCUGCACCCCUGCUGUUCUCGGAGGUGCUGUGAUGCAUGGAUUGGUCACAGACCUCAGCCAUGUAUUGGGAGCCUCACUCAACCCAGUGGUAACAAAGUCAAUGGUGUUUGGUCAGAGAUCGGAUAUUGACUUACUUUCCAAACACCAGUAUGUUCACCAAUGUGUUUGCACCAUUCCAGAGUGCACAUACCAGGAAAAAAAGUUACUCUGAAAGAAUUGGCUUGGGGUAUGAAAAUUGUCUAGUGUCUAAAAAAUACCUAUCAAUUGUUAAUUUGGCAAUAUGCACUUCAUUUUCAUUCCUCAACUCAAAUUUCUAGAGAAGUAUUUUUAGUGAUAUGAGCACUGAUUGGUGAAAGAAUGUGUACAAAUUCAUGAACAAACCCAAUAUGACCAGCUUCA